AAAUUUCAUAUGACAAUUCAAAAACCUCAAACACUUACAUAUCACCUGGAUAUACCCAAAUAUCAACAAGAUACGGUGACGUGACAUCAUUUCUCUCACAGUAAGACAACACUGUUAAGUUCACUGCCAAGAUCAACAAGGAGGAAAUGAGACUGCAGAUCUGAUUGGUCAUGAAUAAGAAGUCCUUUGUGAUCAUACAGACAGCUCUGACAGCACCACACUGUACAUGCAGAGGUAACAGUAAUGAGAAAAGAAUCACUCUAGACAGCACACUUGGGUCAAAGGCGAAUUAAUGUAAAAGGAAGUCCAGGGACUGAGAGUCCACUGGGAUGUCUUUCUGGACGCCGUGAAGCUGGAUAAAAGGAAGUCAGAGAGGCCAGAGUGCUGUGGAGGAGUUUCUCUCACUUAAAGCAGAGCUGUACCGGUUCCAAACUGGAUGAAAUCCCCUCUUUACUUUUCCAAAAUUCCUCUGCUUGUUCACGUCCCUGCUGGGAAACGGCGGUGGAAAGUACAUUUACUCUAGUACUGUACUCAAGAACAGUUUUGUACUUCCCAUUUUAUGCAACUUCACAUUUCUAUUCCACUGGAUUUCAGAGGCCAGCAUUGUACUUUUUAAACCACUGCAUCAAUGUUCCUGCCACAGUUACUCUUCUGAUUAAGAUUUCAGUAUAUGAUUAACUUGAACAAAGCAAUACAUUUUCAAGAUUAAACCAAUGGUUACCAACUUUUUUGGCUUCUGCACUGUUAUCAAGUGGAAUGUGGAAAUAGAUCUGGGGUCCGUUGUGGCACUGGUCCCAACCGGAGACUGCAUUCUCCUCUAAACUUCUCAUUUGGUCCCAUUUAUAUAACCGUUUACUAAAAAAGGCAAAGACUGAGAAAAAUCAGACUCAAUCAUCUCACUCCCCUUAAAUACAUCCUGUUUCCCUUUGCAAGGGCCCAACCCCGAGUGCAGAAACCAGCAGACUGACCUGUUGUUAGGUAAGCUAAGUUGUUAGGCUACCAGCAACAGGAGCAGAAAAGCUGUGCACGCACUGAUUCAUCAGUAUCAACAGUCUAGUGUUGUCAUGUACCGUCCUACUCCAUUACUCUGCAGAAUGACUACUUUUACUUCAUACUUCGGCACAUUUUGUUGCUAAUACUUCAGUAUAACUCUACUAAAGCACAAUUUCCAAACCUUGUGCUUUAGUCUACUAAAGCACAAGGUUCAUAAGGACAUAGAUAAUCAUAAGUCUUGAGUAUAGCCAAUGUCAUUUCUCUUUCUCUCUAAAAACAGUUAGAGACCAGACAAUGUUUUGACCACAUCCUCCAACGAUUACAUUAAAUGUAAAACAGUUCAAACUUCCUCAAGCAGUAACAUGCUAGUUCUUAAAAUAUUACAGCAACUCUGGAGUUAUAAUCAGUUAUAUUAAGUCAUUUACUGGAAGACAUAAAACUCUAUUUGCCUCUCCCCCGGAUCUCAAAAUUGUCCUAGAGAAUUUUUGGACAUGUCCUCAAAAAGCAUGAAGUCAUGAGCAGCAAGUUGAAUCAAUUCACCAAAGUCAGAUUACAUACUACAAGAGAUAAAACAGCAUCAAAAGCAGGGUGAAUCUUCAGGGCUCACAUUGUAUAUUCUCAAUUAUUUUAUCUGGGUUGUAGCAAAAAGUAAGUUUACCCAUACUGAACCUGCGUAAACCAAUUGUACAGCCGUGGGAGUAUGAAACCUACAAGCUGGAAGUUCCAAGCAUUAGUGUGUGUUUCCAUUUGAGGUUAAACCUAGUUUAGGGUUACCUAGAACCUUUAAAAUCUUCUCUAAGUGGUUUUAUUUUGUGCUGCUGGAUGUGUUAAGAAAACAUGUGUCACUUCUUGUGAAACAGGAUUUGCUAAAAACUGAGUUGUUCCUCAUGUCUAGGUGGUCUGAGUGAAGGCAGGUUUGUCUUGGUCUGACCUGUUAACCACCCGCCUGGUCUGACGUGCAAACCGCACUCGUUUCACUGGUGCUUCGCUCCGAGGCUUUUCACGCUUGCUUUUUGUUACCAAGCAGGUGGAGAUGCUGAACACCGAGUGGACGCUACAUUCUUGGGACAGAUACUGAUCAACACUGGACACAAAUAUCAAUAAAAGACAUUAUUUUGCUUCGGGACGCAGCAGAGAACAGGACUAUAGACGCAGAAUGAACUCCUCCUCGCCAUGAUGGACAUGGACACUCAGAUAAAUCCAUCACCAAACUACAAGCAGCUUUCCUGAUACAGGCUUCCUGUUGGUUCACAAGGCAGCUUGUCUUAACACCAGUAAACAGGUCUUGGCUUAAGAUGAAUGAAAGCUGUAAUAACACUGAUGAGCUUCGCACGUACCAGCACCAUGUGUAUGCAGUGGUGUACAGCGUGAUCUUAGCACCUGGCCUGCUGGGUAAUGUGCUGGCACUCUGGGUGUUCAGGGUCUAUGUCAGGGAAACCAAGAAGGCCGUGGUGUUCAUGAUGAACCUGGCUGUGGCCGACCUGCUGCAGGUGCUCUCUCUGCCUCUGCGGAUCUACUAUUACCUGAACAACACCUGGCCCUUUGGUCAUCCUCUCUGCAUGAUCUGCUUCUACCUCAAGUACGUCAACAUGUAUGCCUCCAUCUACUUCCUGGUGUGUGUCAGCGUGCGUCGCUGUGAGCUCAUCAUCCGUCCCCUAAGGUACAACUCAUCCAAGCGAAAGGGGGACUUCUUCAUAUGUGCCCUCGGCUGGCUGUUCGUCUGUCUGGCCUGUCUGCCGUUUCCUCUGCUGAGGAACAAUUCCAGCAACCAGUCACACACCACGGGCAGCUCCCUCAGCAGCCAGGACCUGGUGUGUUUCUCGGAGCUGCCCAUGAGGCCUGUCAGUACUCCAGCAGCCUGGAUCCUACUGAUCAUAGCUGAGCUGGUGGGCUUCAUCAUCCCCCUCGUCCUGGUGUUAGCCUGCGCCUGUCUAACUGCUGGGAGCCUUCGGGAGCUGGGGGCAAUUCAUGACCGAGGGGAGAAGCGGAGGGCAUUAAGAAUGGUGCUAAGCUGUGCUGUGGUCUUCUUAUUGUGCUUUGCUCCUUACCACAUCACCAUGCCCCUGGACUUCUUGGUCAAAGCCAACGCUCUCCGCAACUGUGCCCUGAGGGGCCUGAUUCUGCAGAGUCACCCCGUCACGCUCUGUCUGGCCAGCCUGAACUGCAGCCUGGACCCACUUAUGUACUAUUUCACAACUGAUGAAUUCUGGAGGCGACUGAGUAAGCCAGAGAUACCAGAGAGCAUGACUUUCAGCAGGCGUCUGUCCUGCAUAACUGGAAGAGAGGAGGCAGAGGAUGACUAGACUACAGUCUGAGCACUCAUGUUGAAGGACCAACUGUUUCAUUUCAGCCACUAAACCCUCACAUGCAUUCUAUGCAUUCCUAUAAACUACGGAAAUAUGAUUUUACCAGUAUGUGAAAAACUGGGAGCGAGUUUUCAAAAUGUGAAUUUUUUUUUCCUAUUUAUUUUUCAAUAAAAAGCUUAGUGUGUUCUUUCUAAA